CAACAAGUUUUUUUAGUUGAUUUCUUUUGUGUGCACCGUUCGUGUGUCUCAGUUGUUCCAGUGUUGUUAUUGUGGUGUGAGUGUUUGCCUGCUACGCUUUGCGCGCAACAUUUAUUCUACAUUUUGUAUUUUGUUUUGCACAUUUGAGAGCAACAAACACAGCAGCAACAAGAUCAGCUCCAAAAUAGUGCAAAACAAGGCUGAAGCUCUGAACACGCAACGCGACAAGGGGAAACAGAGGAGAAACAACAAAAACAACAACAACGAGUGCGCCAACAGCUGUAAUAACAUUAACAGCAGCAGCAAACGACACGCUUGCUUGGCAUUGGCAUUGUUCAGCAGCAGCCAAGCAAAUGACCACAACAGCGAUGCCACCCACCACAGCUUCCCCAUCCCCAACGAAUAGCAGCGCAAAGCCCAAACUCUCCAAAUUCAAGUCCUCCUCGCUGGAUCAUGAGAUCUACUCGGCCAAUCGACGCGGCACCAUUGCCACAGCAGCGAGUGAGUGGAAGCCACUGCGUGCUCCGCCGCUCAAUGGACGCAACUCCUCGCUGCAAGUGGGCGCCGCCAAUAUGACGCGAGCGGCGUCCACUUCAUCGCUUGCGAGCAGCACACGCACUAUGACCAACUAUCAGGAGUACAAAAUGGAAAUAAUUAAUCAGGGCAAGUGUCUAUGUGGGCAAUAUAUACGCGCGAGAUUGCGACGGGCGGGAGUGCUGAAUCGCAAGGUCACACAGAGACUACGUAAUAUAUUGGAGCCAUCGUCACAUGUGGUCUACGAGGUGUUUCCAGCGCUUAAUAGCAUGGGCGAGGAGCUGGAGCGCAUGCAUCCGCGCGUUUACACAAACAUUUCCAGACAAUUGUCGCGUGCGCCCUUUGGCGAGCUGGAGGACAGCGAUAUGGCGCCCAUGCUGCUCAAUCUGGUGGCCAAGGAUCUGUUUCGCACCAGCAUCACCUGGGGCAAAAUCAUUUCCAUAUUCUCUGUCUGCGGUGGCUUUGCCAUUGAUUGUGUGCGCCAGGGCCACUAUGACUACUUGCAGUGCCUGGUGGAUGGACUGGCCGAGAUCAUUGAGGAUGACUUGGUCUAUUGGCUGAUCGACAAUGGCGGCUGGCUGGGCCUGCAGCAGCAUAUACGACCACGCGUCGGAGAGUUUACAUUUCUUGGCUGGCUAACACUGUUUGUUACCAUCUCAGCUGGCGCCUAUGUGGUCUCGAAUGUUUGCAAACGCAUUGGCUGCCAGUUGUAUUCAUUGUUAUUUUAGUUAUGGGAUCUAGUUCUAGUUGUAAUUGUAAAUUUUAGUCAGCGAGCAUUGAGAAACUUGCAAUCAUUCCUGCUUGAAAGUCGUUUGAAUAGCUUGUAAAAGAAAAACACUGUUUUUAAAUAUUUGAUAUUGAAUACUGAUAUUUGUUAUAUUUGUUUUUUUAAUGUAUAUACAUAUGCCAAGCUUAGGUCCAAGCGCAUAUACAGCAAAUAAAUUAGAACUCAUUAAUUUUUUAAUUA